AUGAGCCCAAAACCGCCGUUUCCGGAGGCGGCUGACGAUACGAGUGAGGAGCAGCUACCGACUAUGCUUGAAGAUGAUAAGAAUAUUUUUGUACAUUUGCAUAUGUAUCCAGAUUGCGCAGAUCCUUGCAUCAGAAGAAUCAUCAUCCCAACCAAUCGAGAGUUGCGAACGCAGUUCUUCAACGAAUUAAAACACUUGGCGGCAAUCGAAGAGCUAUGUAUAAAGAAUGAUCUAAGACUUGCCGUGCCAAAGUUCACAAAAACCGAUAUGGGCAUCGAGAUCAUAGACGGGAUUGAUUAUCCGGGUUUCAAAUUCCCGAAAUCUAUUUUUGCCGACUACCAGUAUCAGCCGUUACUUGAGGCAUUGGUGGCAGGACUCUGGAAGAAGAACCGGCUCCUGGCAAAGGAAGUUGAGGUCCAGCGGGAGACGGCUAAAGACCAUAUGCGGCAAAAAUGUCGCAAUGAACAUACGUUUUGUCGGACGUAUAACGAUUUAAUCCCGUCUGAGCAACAGAAAGUCCAAGAGUUUCUGAACGAGGUGCAUCAACAGCAGCAAGCAGAUCAGGCCGAAGCAAAGAAACGGAUGAAAGAAGUACUGCUGAAUACGCCGAUACCAAUCGGCGAACUCAUUAAAAUCGCAGAUCCGUUGGAGAAACGAUAUUUGGAAAGUUUGCAAGAGGACAUUGACCUCGCCCAGAUUCAGGCUUCGAUGUUGGAAUCUGAUGGGGAUACGCCACCCUUCAUGCCUUCCCCCGAAAGUGCCAACCCGCCACCACUACCAGAAACAGCCACAACCUUGCCAAGCAGUUCGAACUACAGUAGUCGCACGGUUGUCCUGGGCGUUCGUCAUUACCCCGAAAACUACCCAACACCACCCCAAACGGGCUGGCAAACCCCAGGACCGACUCAAUCAAAUACACCUUAUCCUCAUCAAGGAUUGUCGCGAAAUAUUAUGGCCCAGCAUAUCAUGGAUACCACAAUGAUCACCCCGCCUCCAAUGAGCGCCGCUUAUGGAAUGCCGAUACCGUACCCACCGGGGCUAACGCACCAUGUUGCUCCACAUGAUCAGCGCCCCGGCCCCCUCCAAUCGAUCGCCGCCACCAAAUUUAGCUCCUACGCUUCCCAUCACCGCCUUCUCUUCAAAAAGCGAAAAACGCCCCAACUCCAACCGGUCCCGCGUCCGGAAACCAGCGAGCUCCCGACG